AUGCAGAGACAUGCAGUCCCCACCUCGGUCCCGUCUCAACGCCCGGCGAACGAGCACCGUCCACCUGUGAGCGUGCUACAGUGCAAGAGCAUCCGCCAUUAUAACCGGCAGACGAGUCGGUCGGCCAAGCAACUGCUCUACCAGACUCACUCCACACUCCGAUUCUGUGGAACGGACGAAGCUAACCAGCAACAGCGAGCGAUGAGGCCAUCUACUAUGGCUCGAGCCCUCGCGGCCGCGGCUGCCAUCCUCGCCGCCGUGGUCUGCGGCGGCGCGACCCCGGAGACGACGUGCAGGGCGGCGGCGCGCAGCGACAGGCGCGUGGACUACCACUUCUGCGUGUCCAGGCUGAGCCAGCACCACGACAGCCCCGACGCCGAUACGUGGGGGCUGGCCAAGGUGGCCGCCGACGUCGGCGUCCUCAUGGCCGGCAACGGCGCCUACGACAUCAAGGCCAUGCUCGCCGGAAAAAAGGAGCAGCCAGCGGCGGCACGCGGGCCGCUGGAGCAGUGCGAGGCGCUGUACGACAGGAUGGGCUCCGCGUUCGCCGAGGCGUACGACGGGAUUGACAGGCGCGACUACGCGACGGGCAAGGAGAAGGCGGGCGAGGCUGCGUCCCUCGCGCGCCGGUGCGCCGCCGCCUUCGCCCGGGCCGGCGUCGCUAUCCCGUCGCGGCUGGCGAAGCAGAGCGCCGACUCGGCGCAGAUGGCCAUCGUCUGCACCGCCGUUACCAACCUCAUCAAGUGA